GGCCUGGCCCGAGUAGUAGCACACAGGCGCACUGCUAUAGUCCUUCCUCACGCACAUACACGCCGGCGGAUCGUGCUGAUCGAUUCGCUUUGAGGCUCGCAGCCGCCGCCGCCGAAAACAGUCAUCCGCCGCCACUUGCCUCCUCUCUAAAAUUGAUUAUUCCUCUACAGCUCUGAUCUUUACGAAACCGUCCCAGCCAAUCCAUCCGUCUAAUGGAUCUGAAGUUGAUAUAUAGGUAAUAACAAUAUAAUACAGCACGAAAUCUCGGCUCAAUUCCGUGCAAGGAUUUGAGAUGUCACUUCCUGAAGAUGAACGAGGUGCCAAGAAAAGUAGAGAGGUAUGUACUUUUCUGAACAUAUUUUUUGUGAUACAUAGGUAACUGAGAUCUUUAAUUACUGUGAGUUUAUUAAAAUGCAUUAGGCAUAAUAUUCAGAAAAUAUGCAUCGUAUACAUGUUAGUUAAUACGAGCUAGUACAACCAAAGUAGUAGCGCAGAGUGUUGCUGUUCAAGCGGGAAGCAACAUGACGCCACAUGAGACUGGACAUGCACGCAGGACGAUAUGUUACUGCCUCAUGCGAUGCUUCUCCUGAGUCCUGAACGCCCUCAGGACUUACGUGUCACCGGUCACAACUGAUAUUUGGAUGACCACACCCUGUCACCGAGAGGCGAGGGGCUAAGUCGUAUGUCGAAAGUCACCAAGAAAUUAUAUUAUUAUAUAUAUAAUUACUUUUAUGUUUGUCUUAAGGGCCCCCAUAUUCUAGUUUCGCCCCGGGCCCCCGAAACCUCAGGACCGGCCCUGGGCACCAUGGAGAAGGCGGCGAGGCGCCCAAGCAAGAAGGCUCGCAGGACGCCUGCCGACUCCGACGGCCUGACGGCGCUCGCCCUCCGCCUCUCCAAAAAAUUCUCAGGCCGCGAGGAGUACGAGGGCCAGAACAUCAUGUUCUCGCCGCUGUCCAUCUACACCGCCUUGGGCCUCCUGGCGGCCGGCGCCCAGGGCGACACUCUGGACGAGAUCCUGGCCGUGCUCGGUGCGACGUCGCGCGACGAGGUCGCGGCGGUCAUGCGACUAGUGUCCAAGCACGCCCUCGCCGCCGACGAUCCCUCCGGCCCGCUGGUCGUUACGUCCGCGUGCAGCGUGUGGUGCCACAAAGAUCUGCCGCUGAAGCCGGCCUACCGGAAGGCCGCCGUCAAGUCCUACAAGGCGGACGCACGCGCCGUCGACUUUGUGAGAAAGCCGGAGGAUGCGAGGAAGGAGAUCAACCGGUGGGUCGCCAAGGCCACGAAGAAGCUCAUCACCUCCGUCCUACCACGGGGCUCAGUGCACGGCCACACCAGGCUCGUGCUUACCAAUGCCAUCUACAUCAAGGGCAAGUGGGAGAACGCCUUCAGCAAGAGCCGCACCAAAGACGACACGUUCCACCGCCUCGACGGCAGCACCGUCCGCGUGCCCUUCAUGGACGGAAACGGACGCGACAAGUACCUGGUGUCCACAUUUGACGGGUUCAAGGUGCUUAAGCUCCCCUACAAGAAGGCGGCCAACAACGGCGCCACUUAUUCGAUGUGUGUCUUCCUCCCGACCGCGCGAGACGGGCUGCGUAGCCUUGCCGACGAGAUGGCGACCGGCGGGCCAAGCUUCCUGUUCGACCACCUGCCGACUCAGUCUAGGAGCGUGACCAAGCUCCGGCUACCCAAGUUCAAGCUGUCCUUCUUCUGUAGCAUGAAGAAAGUUCUCGAGAGCUUGGGGCUCCGGGCGGCGUUCAGCGGGGAGGCCGAUCUGUCUGACAUGGUGGACAAGGACUCGGCCGGAAACGACGUGCCGCUGCGGGUAGAGGAUGUGUUUCACAGGGCGGUUGUGGAAGUGAACGAGGAAGGCACCGAGGCGGCUGCAUUCACCGCCGUCAUGACCGUAUUAUAUUGUUGGACCCCUCCGUCCGUGCCUGUUGAUUUUGUAGCAGACCAUCCAUUUGCCUUCUACAUAGUUGAGGAGGUGUCCCGUGCGGUGGUCUUUGCCGGUCACGUCCUCGACCCUUCUGAAACCGAGUGAUAAAAGCUAUCAUGUGUCGAAGAUAGAUACAGAAGCUCUUUUUAAUUGGCACCAUAGAUCUACCAGCAAUGCUACAUCUGCAGUGGUUUUACAGGAGUUUUACGGGCUAGGCUGAGAUGGAGUGUGUUGAUUGGUUGUUAAGAUGAAGCGGGACCCACCCUGAAAAUCAGAGUGGAAGCGAUUAGUGAGAGUAGAAGGUUAGUCCGUUAAUUCUUGUAAAAGUUUCACGUACGUCUAGCAUUUUUGAUAGAUCUACUAUGAAAAGUUUUCUUCGUUUACUUUAGACA